AUGUCUGGCCCGAAAGCUCCGAUUUAUAUAACUGAGGACGCGGCUCAAACCAUUGUGCCGGUGACCUCUCAUGCUGCCGACGAAGUCUCUGGUCCUCCUCAACGCCAGGCAGCUCAAGAUAUCGACCGCAAAGCUAUCCAAAAUACUCCACAAUCAGCUUUGCUCGAUAUUGAACAUCAACCUGUCGAUGACGACCCGCGACUAUGGUCGAAAAAUCGUAAAAUCACAAUAGUCGCCAUCAUCGCGUUUGCGACCUUGGCUCCGACUUUCUCGGUAAACCUCUAUAAUCCUGCAUUCGCUCAGAUCAAGAAGGAGUUGCAUGCAACCAAUGGCCAAAUUGCCUUAUCUCUGGCAUUAUUCAUUCUUGUCCAGGGGAACGCGCCCAUAAUCUGGAGCGCGGUGUCCGAGAUUAAAGGACGGAAAAUAGUCUAUAUCGUGUCUAUGCUACUCUUUUGUAUUGGUUCGGCAAUCUGUGGCGCCGCGAAGGACAUGAAAGUUCUGAUUGGGAUGCGGAUCGUUCAAGCCGCUGGAUCCAGCUCAGUUUUGAAUCUCGGUGCUGGGACUCUUAGUGGGCCAAUCAUAGGCGGCGGACUUACUGCUGGGUUCUCCUGGCGCGCUACUUUUUGGUUCCUAGUAAUUUUCGCCGGUGUUUCCCUUGGUACUUUUGUGUUUCUACCCGAUACUUGGCGCCGUGAACGUAGUACUUCCUAUCAAGCCGCCAAACAGCGAGCACUGAAGGAGCGUGCGAAGCGAAGCCAAGCGGGGACACCUACCUGGAGUCGAGCCCCUAGUCCAACUAGAAGCGGUACUGUUACGCCGAUUAUUGGUGCAAAUACUCCUACGGACCUGACCCAAGGUUAUGAGGACAAGAAAAAAGCCCAGGAGCAAGUGGCGAACGCCGCCACCACUGUGGUUAAGUCCGAAAAACAUGGAGUGCAAGAUGAAGAUAUCAAACUCUCAAUAACAGACGUAAAUCCCAUCUCCCCGAUUUGGCAUAUUCUCAAGGAACGGUCAAAUCUCUGCAUCCUUUUUGCGAGUGCCCUCUUGUUUGCAUAUCAAUAUGCUGUUGCUUUUACCGCAGCAUUGACUUUUGCAGGGGAGCCAUAUAAUUAUAACUCAAUAAAGGUCGGGCUUGUACUUCUAUCUUUUGGGCUAGGGAACCUUUCUGGAUCUAUUCUGGGAGGUCGAUGGUCCGAUCGUGUCUUGGGACAACUCAAAGCGAAAAAUGGAGGAGAAAGUGUUCCUGAAAUGCGUUUGCAAAGCACAAAACCUGCUUUGAUAUUCUUACCCUUCUUUGUAAUAGCUUAUGCAUGGAUGUGUGAAAAACACGUAAAUAUUGCUGGGCCGGUGGUGGUACUAUUCUUCUCUGGGUUCUGUGCCAUCUGGAUAUAUUCAAGUACACUUGCAUACAUUGUUGAUUCUAACCCUGGGCGAGCAUCUUCCGCAAUCGCUACAAAUAGCUCAUUCAGGGGAAUAUCGGGACUCAUAGCUGCCGAGAUUUCUGUCCCUUUGAAGUUAGCAUCUUCCCCUGAAAGACAUGUUUCUAGUGGGAGGGUUGGGCAAUUAAUUCGACAAUCUAUUGAUGCCGAUAUCCGUUUAAACGUCAACAGAUUGGUACUUUUACUAAAAUUUCCUGGUGUCGUCCUUAAUAACGAACCUUCGCCCAUUCACGACACUUAUUCUUGGCUCAAGGACGUACUGACCACGGCUGAACUUCCCCAUCUCCAAACACUCUCCGCUACGUUCGAAUCUCUGCCGUUGGAUUGGGAAAUUGGUCUCGAGGCACAGCUUUUGGGUGUCAAGAAACUUCAAACGGUUGCUCCGAGGGUUUCACAACUCAUGUUAUCAUCGAACAAAACGCUCUGGAAAAAAUGGACUCCCGCUCCCGGGGAGAUUUCUUUAUAUCCAACUGUUCCUGACUGGACACCUUAUCCAUCAGAAAAUGGUAAUCCUAGACGGGAUCCGUUACGCGAAAGCUUUUUAUGGUGGUUCAAUGCGAUGGGCCUCGAUAUUUUAGGAACACAAGACCAAAUGCUAAAGAGAGAAUUUGUCAAGCAGUUGUCGGAGGCGAUGUGCGAGCGAUGGGAUUAUAGGGAUUAUAGGGCCCUUACUGCAGAUAGCAUACAUAGACAACUUGAAUUUCUCAAUUUGAUUUAG